AAUGUAAUUUGGUCAAAGAACAGAGGAUGAAAUUUGUGAAUCUGAAAUGUGCACAUUUGCUAUAAAGCUAAACUGAUACUGUUUAGUGAGGUGUUAUAUCUCUGUAUCAAUCUUGGUAAAUCUUGUACUGGCUAUGAUAAUUUCUAUUUUUUUCUGGGACUUUACCUGAUGCAUUGCUAACAUUUCUCCAAUGUAGUUGUAUAAUGCUCCCAUGAAUGACUACCUUGCAAAACUAGUAUUGAAACCUUUGGCCUAUGAUCGCCGAUGGAAGUUUAUAUAUGAGCCUCUGCAACAGGAUGUUCAGCUUGUCUCCAAGAAGAUCCCCAUAACAAAAUUUCUGAAUCUUCAGGUAGGAGUAGGCCAUAGCUUUCAAUUGCAUGCUACUGGUUGGAAAUGGAAGCUGACGACAUGUUUGGGCGGAGAUGGUGUAUCCAGGAUUCGGAAUAAAAUGUCCCUAGGCUUGUGUCCAGGAGUGGAUUUCCAAUGUAGUUGUAUAAUGCUCCCAUGAAUGACUACCUUGCAAAACUAGUAUUGAAACCUUUGGCCUAUGAUCGCCGAUGGAAGUUUAUAUAUGAGCCUCUGCAACAGGAUGUUCAGCUUGUCUCCAAGAAGAUCCCCAUAACAAAAUUUCUGAAUCUUCAGGUAGGAGUAGGCCAUAGCUUUCAAUUGCAUGCUACUGGUUGGAAAUGGAAGCUGACGACAUGUUUGGGCGGAGAUGGUGUAUCCAGGAUUCGGAAUAAAAUGUCCCUAGGCUUGUGUCCAGGAGUGGAUUUCCGUUUUGGGUGGAGAGCAGAUUACGUUCUUCCAGAAAUUACUGGGGCCGUGGGCACCGAUGCACCAUUGUUCAACAUGAAUUCUGGACGUUUACAGGCAUCACUUGACAGAAUCGAGGCCAUUUUCACGAAUCUUGAUGCAACGUAACUGACACCUGGCUGCGGAGGAGUACUUUGUACCUUUUUGCCCUGAAUUCAUAUCACUCCCACCUAGACAAAAAUGGGGAUCCAAUCGGGAGAUGUGGCAUAAAGACUCAUCGAGGUUGGUUUUGAACAUUCUCUGUAAUUAUUUUCGUAUGAACAAAGAUUUAGCCCUUGUUUGAGCCAUAUUCUUUUGGAAAAAUACAUUUUUCAACAGUAUUUUGAUAUCA